GACACAUGUGAGUCUCUCUCUCUGAAUUCUCCACCUUCUUCAGUCUUCCUCCUUCAGUCGAUCGCUCAAGAUCGCCUGAAGAAAUUCUUUUAGCUUCUUCACAGUGAAUUAAUCUUAUAGUAGAUCAUAUCACACACCCUGAAUGUGACCCUACAUGGUCACUAAUCAACUAUUUGUGAAAAAUAACAUAUUGUGAAUUAUCUCAUUGAGUACAGUAUCAUUUGCAUUUUCAACCAAUUAACACGAUAAUUAUCGUAUUAAGAAUUUUAGUGAAAAAUUGACAAGAAUAGUAUAAUAUAUUCUCUCUUUUUAACUUGGUGAAUACCACUUGACACGCACACAAACGCAUAUUAACAUCUCAUUCACAAAAACCUAUAUACUCAACUCAAGAGGAAUUUCUCACAGAAUGUCUCAAGACUUACGAGAUAAUGAGUAUUGUUGAACGUUCAUCGAAGAUCAAUUAACCGGGCAAUUUAAAACAGUGCAUUUCUCAAUUUGUUAAAUUAAAUUAACAAAAAAAAAGAUCUUCAGUUUGAGCUUUUUGUUUCGUGUUUUUAUGAACUUGAACAUGAGAUAAGAUGAACUUCAAUUGAAUCAUCUCACAGUGUGAUACUCACGUUCAAGCAAUAAACUUUACGUCCGUUCAAUCCACAAAAAUUAAACGGAGUUAUAAAAGUUUUUAUCAUAAACUCUAAAGACUGUGCGUUAAACGGUGGCCUUAUAUUUUGUGCUAAAUACAUAGUGUAUUGUGAUAGUAAAAGAAAUAUAAACAAAACUAAUUUACACUAGAACAGUGGGUGGUUUUUUUUUCUAAAAUAAACGUGAUAAAACAUUCAAACAAGGUUUUCAAUAGCAUUAUACCUGAUAUCUCACCUUCUCUUCACUGAAAAUGCAAUAAUUUUGCAUUUUAAACUUAUCAAUGUUCGACGAGUGUAGUGCAAGUGACAUAAAAAUAAACAAAUAAAUAAAUAAAAUCCCACGUAAGAUCAUGAAUAUUGAAGAAACGAGUUUAAACACCAGCAAUGCUGGCAAUAGAAGUGAUCCCGAAGUCAAUGGAGAUCAGAAGAAGCAGGAGAAUGGACACAGUGACCAAAGAGUCAGCGAUGAGCCGACCAAUGAGCAUGCCAUGUCGUACCUUGAGACAAUCGUACAUGUCUUCAAGGGAAAUAUUGGACCUGGGCUUUUUGCCAUGGGUGAUGCGAUGAAGAAUGCCGGCUUGAUUCUUGGACCGGUUCUUACAGUGAUUAUUGGGAUAGUUUGUGUCCACUGUCAGCAUCUCCUGCUGCAGUGCUCAAAGCGAAUGCGAAAUAAAGCAAAUAUGCAGACCUAUCCAGAUUUUGCAAGAACUGUUGAAUUGUGCUUCGAGAAUGGACCACCUCGACUGAGACAGUGGUCAAAGACAAUGAGGAUCAUCGUCAAUGUCUUCCUCUGUGUCACGCAAUUGGGAUUCUGCUGCGUUUACUUUGUAUUUGUCAGCACAAAUCUUCAGCAGAUCUGGAACCAGUAUGGUAUCAGCAUCAACGAUUACCUGAAUCUGGUGAUAAUUUGCGCACCAAUUCUCCUCACCAGUCUCAUAACAAAUCUCAAAUAUCUUGCACCAUGUUCUGUUGUUGCAAGUGCUUGUAUGUUAAUUGGAACAGGAAUUACUCUCUACUUCUCAGUGGGUGACCUUCCCAGUCCUUCUGAGAGGAAUUUUGUAGCUUCGUGGGAGACAUUGCCGUUGUUUUUCGGUACAACUCUUUUCGCUUUCGAGGGUAUUAGCCUCGUCCUGCCACUGCAAAAUGCCAUGAAGGUGCCAAGAAACUUCCAUCGACCAGCUGGAGUUCUCAAUGUUGGGAUGUGUUUCGUCACAUUCCUCUUCACUGGAUUAGGGUGCCUGGGAUAUCUCAAGUAUGGGGAUAAGGUAGAAGGAAGUCUUACCUUGAAUCUACCUGAGGAUGAUCAACUGGCUCAAUCUGUGAAACUUUUAAUCUCCCUGGGUGUUCUCCUUGGGUAUGCCUUGCAAUUUUUCAUCGCCAUCCAGAUUAUGUGGCCAGGGAUUCAGGAGAAAUUUGGACCAUUUACCCAUCCAAUUAUUGGAGAGUUUGCUUUCCGGACAAUUAUGGUUUUAGUUACAUUGGCUAUUGCGAUGACUGUUCCAAAACUGAGCCUCUUCAUCUCUCUCAAUGGUGCUCUGUGCUCCACAGCUCUUGCUCUGGUAUUCCCACCGUUUAUCGAAUUGGUGUCCAAUUGGGAGGAUAGUAAAGGACCCGGAGCCGCUAUUUUGCUGAAAAAUGUCGCCAUUAUGGUUGUGGCUCUUUUGGGUUUCAUCACAGGAAGUUAUGAGAGUUUAGCACAGAUUAUUCGAGCUUUCUCUGAACAAACACCUUCUUAAAUCUCUAUUAAGCAAUUGCAUAUACAGUGUUCACAAUUUUUUGUAUAGUUUUUCAUGAAAAUAUCACGAUAAAACACAAAAA